AUACUCUCAACAGUUUUUCUUGUCUACAUAAGGCAUAGAUGAUGCCUUUCUGAUGAGUUCAUACUACAAUAAAUGGGAAUAUAUUAAUAUUAUUAUUCUUUCUCCUUUAACCCACUUCAGUCCUUCUCUCACUUGUCCAUAUAAUGAAUAUCAUGACUUCUAGAGCGAAGCUGCUUUCUUCUUCAGGAUUUCCCCAUUGUCUUUUACGUAUUUGCUUCUUUAUUAUAAUCUUCCUCGUAAUCCAGAAGUCCAGUGCUCAAACAAAUAAUUUCACCACUGACCCCAGUGAAGUGAGGGCACUGAAUUUAAUAUUCGAGCAAUGGGGUGCAGAAGCAGUGGCUGGUCUGUGGAAUAUAAGUGGAGAACCAUGCAGUGGAACUGCCAUCAAUGAUACCCUUAAUUUUGAGGACCCUACGAAUAAUCCUGCAAUCAAAUGUGACUGCACUUACGACAAUGCCUCAACCUGUCAUAUCACCCGACUGAGAGUUUAUUCUCUGAACAAAAGAGGAGUAAUUCCAGAAGAGCUAGUGGCUUUGAAAUAUCUCGAAUUUUUGAAAAUCGAUCAAAACUAUUUCACUGGUCCCUUGCCUGCAUUUAUUGGAAACUUAUCUCGAUUGAUGUUACUGUCAAUUGCCCACAAUGCAUUUUCUGGGCCUGUUCCCAAAGAGCUUGGAAACCUUAAGCAGUUAUCUGUUUUGUCUUUGAGCAAUAACAAUUUCUCAGGUACACUCCCUCCAGAACUUGGCAACUUAGCCGUGCUUGAGCAAUUAUACAUUAACAGUUGUGGAUUGAGUGGUGAAAUUCCCUUAACUUUUGCAAAUCUUCGGAAUAUGCAAACUAUGAAGGCAUCAGAUGUUCCUUUCGCAGGCAAAAUACCAGACUUUAUAGGGAAUUGGAGCAAGCUUAUAUUGCUGAGAUUUCAAGGGAACGCAUUUGAAGGCCCUAUACCAUCAAGUUUUUCUAACUUGACCUCAUUGACCUCCUUGCGAAUCAGUGACUUAUACAAUGGUAGCUCUUCGCUUGAUUUCAUUAGAGGAAUGAAGAACUUAACUGACUUAUCCCUGAGAAAUGCUAUGAUCACUGGUAGGAUUCCUUCCGGCAUUGGAGAACACCAACAGUUAAUGACUUUGGAUUUGAGUUUCAACAACUUAACUGGUGAAAUCCCAAGUGCCUUAUUCAAUAUCAGUUCUCUUACUCACUUGUUUCUUGGAAACAAUAGUCUGUCAGGCAACCUUCCUAGCCAAAAAAGUGAAAAUCUUCAAACCAUAGAUUUAUCAUACAAUUUUCUAUCAGGAUCUUUUCCAUCUUGGGUGACUUCAAAUUUGCAGAUGAAUCUGGUGGCUAACAACUUCGCAUUUGACAGCUCAAACAGUAGUGUCUUCCCUGGAUUGAACUGUCUUCAGAGAGACUUCCCUUGCAAUAAGAAUGCUCCGCGCUAUGCAAAGUUUGCAAUCAAGUGUGGUGGUAGACAGAUGAAAGCAGAUAAUGUAGACUAUGAGACUGAGAACACAUCUUUUACCGCAGCUUCAUUUAAUGUAACAAGUACAGAAAAAUGGGCAGUGAGUAACGUGGGAAUGUUUUACGAGAGAAACGAUCCAUCAUACGUGCAAAAUAGUCUCGCUCAAGUGACUGGAACCCUAACACCAGAGCUUUAUCAGACUUCAAGACUUUCCGCUGGGUCACUUAGAUACUAUGGCCUUGGUCUUGAGAAUGGUCCUUAUGAUAUAAGCCUGUUAUUUGCAGAAACAGUUUUUGAAAGCUCACAAACUUGGAAGAGCCAUGGUAGGCGUGUUUUUGAUAUCUAUGUUCAGGGAACUCUCCAGUUAAAGGAUUUUGAUAUAUCGAAGGAGGCAGGUGGUGUUAACAGAGCAAUUACAAAGAAUUUCAAUGCUACAGUGUCUGAGAACCACCUUGAAAUUCACCUAUUCUGGGCUGGUAAAGGUACUUGCUGUGUACCUAAGCAAGGUGAUUAUGGACCAUCAAUUUCGGCUAUUAGCGUUGUUCCAGAUUUUGUACCAACUGUGAGUGGGCUGCCGCCAAAAGCUAUACACAAAAAGAACCAGACAGGGCUAAUUGUUGGUGUUGCCGUCUCUCUGGGAAUUCUGGCCUUCAUACUGAUCUUUGCAGUUUUUUACAUAAGGAGAAAAGGAGAUGAUUAUGAUCAGGAAGUGCUACAGGCAAUUGGUCCUAAAGGAAACACUUUCAGUUAUGCUGAGUUGAGAUCUGCAACGAAAGACUUUGACUCUUCAAAUAAGCUCGGAGAGGGAGGAUUCGGACCUGUUUACAAGGGUACACUUUCUGAUGGAAGAGUAAUCGCUGUGAAACAACUUUCCGUGGCAUCUCACCAAGGGAAAGAUCAGUUUAUAAAUGAGAUCGCCACCAUCUCUGCUGUGCAACAUCGUAAUCUUGUGAGACUAUACGGUUGCUGCAUUGAAGGAACGAAGCGCCUCCUUGUUUAUGAAUAUCUCGAAAACAAAAGUCUCGAUCAAGUAUUGUUCGGAAAUGGUGAGUUGCAUCUUGAUUGGCCAACCCGGUUCAGUGUAUGCAUGGGAACGGCAAGAGGGCUAGCUUAUCUUCAUGAGGAAUCAAGACCAAAGAUUGUUCAUCGAGAUGUUAAAGCGAGUAACAUCUUACUUGAUGCUGAACUCUGCCCCAAGAUUUCAGAUUUUGGAUUGGCAAAGCUGUAUGAUGACAAGAAAACUCAUAUCAGCACCAGAGUUGCAGGCACAAUAGGUUAUCUAGCGCCUGAGUAUGCAAUGCGCGGACACCUAACAGAAAAGGCUGAUGUAUUCAGUUUUGGUGUUGUUGCUUUGGAGAUUAUCAGUGGAAGAGCAAACUCUGACAAUAGCUUGGACACUGAAAAGAUUUAUCUUCUUGAAUGGGCAUGGAACCUACAUGAAAACAACCGAAGUUUGGGCCUGGUUGAUCCCACAUUAACCGAAUUCAGUGAGGACGAAGCUCUUCGAAUAAUAGGAGUAGGCCUCUUGUGCACUCAAGCAUCACCAAUGCUGCGACCACCCAUGUCAAGAGUUGUGGCCAUGCUUGCUGGAGACAUAGAAGUGGGCACUGUUACUUCCAAGCCAAGUUAUUUGACUGACUGGGAUUUUAAGGACAUAACAAGUGUCUUUCUGGAUAAUGAAGAAGGUGCAGCAGCUGCUGCAUCUGAUAAAAGCUAUGGCAAUCAGAAAAGUGAUUCGAACAAUGCAACCGCUGUUUGCCAUGCAGCUGAUCCAUUGCUCUCCCCAGUUGAUGUCACUCAGUUCAGUGACGUAAUAACAGAUGGCAGGUAAGAAGAAAUAAUUUAUACAUGUUUAGAACAUUUUCAGACUGCAGACAGCAAUAAGGCAUGUAAUGUUAGGGAAGUUACGGUGAAUGGAUUCAGCAGAGGUUCACUUUGUUAAAUAAAUUCAAUUUGAUCCGUAGGAUCAUCAUAUAGAUCAUAAUAUAGUGAAUCUAUAUAAGGUUUAUAGAUCA